CGUGCUGUGGAAAUCUGCAAAGAGAAGCAAUCCUACCAUAUUCUCGUCAUUGUGGCUGAUGGACAAGUGACCAACGAAAAAAUUAACCAAAAAGCGAUCGCUGCUGCCUCGCACUAUCCACUCAGCAUCAUAAUGGUCGGAGUAGGUGAUGGUCCAUGGAAUAUGAUGGGACGAUUCGAUGAGAACAUUCCAAAACGGUUAUUCGAUAACUUCCAUUUUGUUGAUUUCCACAAGGUGAUGUACAACGCACCGAACGCUGAAGCAUCAUUUGCACUGAAUGCUCUAAUGGAGAUUCCGGAUCAAUAUAAAGCCAUAAAGGAGCUUGGGCUGCUAAAACACAGUCGAAGGGGUUAAUU